AGCAGUUAAACCAACUCUUUUUCUCUCGCAAACUUCUUGAUAUUUCUUUCCCUUAGGACAGUCAACUACCACAACGAGAGAACCGUCUCAACUCCCGCCAGACACUGCACCCACUCCAACCACCUAUAGAAAACGAACCCAUCAUCUCAAUCUUAUUAAGAACUCCAAAAUUCUCUCUAGCAUAUCAUUUCAAGAACCCUGGAAUAAGUGGAAGGCCUAAACUAUUAGACAGAAGCAAAAAGAAAAUAGGAAAAGAUGGGGCGAGUUUCGUCGACAACUGCAAUGGCGGAGAAGCUUUCCUGGUACUGUGCUUUGUUCAUGGCAGUGAUGCUGGUAUUGAGCUGCUGUGAAUCGAGUGAAAGGAAAUUCAGAGGCGAGGUGCUGCGUCUGCAGAAGGAUUUGAUGAUGAACAAGCCAUGCGAUGAAAUUUACGUGGUUCGGGAAGGAGAGACUUUGCAGACUAUCAGUGAAAAAUGUGGGGAUCCUUAUAUUGUUGAAGAGAAUCCUCAUAUACAUGACCCAGAUGAUGUUUUCCCCGGCCUUGUCAUCAAGAUUACUCCUUUCAAGAACAGGUAGAAACUACUAGCAUGAAUCCUGCAUUGCUCAAUCUAUAUAUAUAUAUAUAUGUAUUCUGGCCCACAAAAUUAAAAGAAAAGAAUAGAUUGAAGCGUAUAUCUAGAUUGGCUGGGAAAAAUUUAAUAUUGAGAGGGCAAGUGAUUGUUAUAAUUUGCAGUUUUUAAGAACUUUCUUUGAGAGACUGCUUAAUUAAAAGAAUAGAAUCAAUUGUACUUUGAUACUGAAGGGGUGAUAGGAUUUGAAGCAGUAUUCAUUUCAAAGAACUAAGUAUUUUUGCAUAGUUUAGUGCACUAGUUUUGUAAAAUUUCUAUCGAAAUAUUAUUGUGUUUUGAUGGAGUUUAAU